CGCCCUUUUGACGUCCGCGAACGCCUCCCUGUCCCCACCACAAUCCCACAAUCCACCGCGGUCCUCCACAUUUGGAUCCUCUGCGUUGAGUGUCAAACCCAAGAGACACAGUCGCAUCUUCUGGUCCUGAUAACAAACCCCGAGGCUGUCCGCUCCUCCAGAUGGCUCUGCACCGGCUCUCCCAGCUCUCCUCCCUGCUGCGCUCCGCGGUGAGCCUGACCCUGCGCAGGAACAUCGGCCUCUCCGCCGUCCUCUUCAACAAGACCAAGGACCUCGACCCCAUCCAGAAACUGUUCCUGGACAAGAUCCGCGACUACAGAGCCAAGAGCAAGGCUUCAGGAGGCAUCGUGGAUGCGGGGCCCGCUUUCGACAAUAACCUGAGCGAGGAGGUCAGCAAGCUGCAGAGGCUAUACGGAGGAGGCGACCUUGAGAAGUUCCCUGAAGUUAAAUUCUCAGAGCCCAAGUUCGAGGAAGGCGGGGCCAAGUGAAUGCUGUCCAUGCUGUGUAUCUCCUACAUGUCACCAAUAUGUUGUAUUUAAUAAAAAGAUAGUGGAUUGA